CUAUAAGGUAAAAGGUCGUAUUUGAUUGUUGAUAAUUAUUCAUUAUCACUUCUAUUCGAUAACUAAAAAUAUUCAUCAGUUCAUCGCUCUUCAGAAUGCCGGAAACAUUGCUACCAAAAAAUUAUUAUGUGUUCGUUGCUGUUCUAACAGCUCAAUUCGGAAUUUUCCUCAGUGGAGUAUAUUACUCUUGGUCCUCUCCAGUGCUGGUAAAAUUAGCAAGCUUAGAUGAUAACCCCUUAGGCAGAAUCAUUACGCCAUCGGAACAAGUAUGGAUAUUAACAAUAGGCGUGUUCGGAAUGUGGAUGGGUGCCUGUUUAACCGGGGAUCUCUCCAGAAGAAUUGGAAGAAGACCAACUUUGAUAACAAUGACGCUUCCUCUACUAGUGUCUUUCGUUAUGUUAGCAUUCGCCAAACACAUUUGGUUGAUGUAUCUAGCUAGAGCCUUGGGUGGCAUAACCAAUGGAGGAAUGUUUACGUUGCUACCGAUAUAUUCUGGAGAAGUAGCCGAUCCGAAGAACAGAGGAAUACUUGGGGCUGCUCUCAAUCUCUUCCUCAAUGUAGGACUACUAUUUUCCUUUUGUCUUGGCCCGUACACCACCUACAAGAUGUUCAAUCUAGCAUUAACCUUUUGUGCGUUAUUAUAUACAAUCCUCAUCUUGUUGAUUAUUCCUGAAUCUCCUUAUUACUUAGUGGAAAAAGAUGUAGACAGAGCCGAGAAAAUACUGAAAAGACUAAGAGGACAAGACGAUGUGAAGCAAGAGCUGAAACAAAUACAACAAUACACAGAGUUAGAGGCGGGAGAUAAGGGAACAUUCUCUGAAAUAAUCAAGAGUAAGACAAUCAGGAAAAGUCUCAUAAUCGGAAUUGGGCUUUCGUGUUUCCAACAAUCUACCGGCAUCAGUGUCAUCAUGGGUUUUGGCCAGAUGAUCUUCGAAGAGGUAGACGGUUUUCUAUCCAGUGAUUUGAGUCUCAUAGUGCUCGGAUUUUCGCAAGUCUUGUUCGGAAUUGUAGCCCCUAUAUUCACUAACCGAUUUGGAAGGAAGAGUCUACUCAUUUCUUCGUAUUCAGGGAUUGCGAUUUCUCUGAUUUGCUUUGGAGUUUACUUCAUUAUGAAACAAUUGGAUGUAUCCGUAUAUGGUAUAUCAUGGCUCCCUUUGACAUCUUUGAUCGUUUAUAUGUUUGCUUUUGGUAUAGGCGCAGGAGCAGUAACAUUUAUUGUAGUGGGAGAAAUAUUUCCUUCAAGUGUGAAAGGAAUCGGUACAUCUGUCGCCAAUAUUUUGGCAUCUAUAACAGGUAUGGUCCUUGCAAAUGGAUAUACAAUAUUCAAAGAAUCGAUAGGUAUUGGGUUCACAUUUUGGAUCUUAGGAUGUUUUGGAAUUAUAGCAUCCAUUUUUUCUGCCUUCUGCGUUGUUGAGACUAAAGGAAAGACAUUGAAAGAGAUACAAGAAAUAUUGGACAAAGCUGAACGUCGCAAUAUACAACCAAUUGAGUUAUGAAAAUCUAUGAACCUCGAAUUUUGUAG